GAUAAAAAGUCUGGCUCAAGUGUUCAGAGCGUUUUUUGCAGUCGCCUAGUUCUCCGAGGGUUGGCGACCACGCGUAAGAUCUCCAUGAUGCUGAUGAACUGCAUGAUGCUCCCUGCAACCGAGUCGACGAUGGUCAUGGGCGGCCUCGCCGACGACGCCUGCAGCCUCGGCGGGACAACUCCCCUCGACUUUGCCUACGACGGCGCGCCGUCGACGCACGCCGAGCUUGUCGCUGCCGCGUCGACGAUCGACGCAUGCUGCAGCCCCGCUGCCGUGCGCCGGGGCGGCGAGGGUACGCGCAAGAACCUCUGUAUAUGCGUCGACGACGUUGCGGCGCGCCUCGGCGCCAUCGACAACAACGCCAAUGACGACGACGACGUGACGUCCGAGGCGAGCGACUCGGCGACCGCGGACGAUGUCGAGUAUGACGACGACGAAGAUGCCAUGUGCAAGCGGAAACGCAUCGGCACGUUCGACGCCUCCGAUGACACGUCGGGCUACGUGAGCCUCGCGUCCUGCGAAGAGGCCUUCCACGUCUCCAAGCGCCCCAAGCUCGAGUCCAUUGACUACUCGUGCUCGUACCCUGAGACGACGGCGCACGUCCAGCUCUCGGCCGUCCACAACGACCAGAUGCGCUUCUUCUUCACACCGUUUGGCGCGGGCCAGUCGGCAGGCGCGUCGCAGCCGCUCGCGGUGCAGUUUCCGUUUGUCGCGUCCGGGACGUUCGAGAUGGCCGGGUCGUCGCGCGUGAUCGCCACCAAGACGCGGUCGACGCCGGCGACUCCGCGCCUCGUGGACAUGGACGCCUAAUGGUCGCAUCUCGUAUUUAUCUCUCCCCCUCUUCAUCGCGACGACCACCUCCUCGAACCCUGUACUACUCGACUGUAAAAACACUACUCUUGCCCUCUCAUUAUCCCCCUGUCCAUCAAACGAAGAUGAAGAAGCGUCGUCAUAUAGCAACCGAGCAUACAAGAGGGUCCCUUAGGGCAUGGCCUGG